GCUCACUUCCGGCGUGCCCGAACGCGCGGGAGCGUCUGGAGUGCUUUUGCGUGACUGCUCCGCCCCCUUCGGGCUGGCCUGCUUUCGCAGGCCCCGGGAGUUGACAUUCCCGCCGGGUCAGGGCCGAUUUGAAAAGAUGCUCCGCGGUCCACCUCGGCUGUGAGGCGAGAGAAGCGACCCAGGCCCCUUUCAGUCUGUGGAGCGCAUCAAACCCGGGGCAGCUAUGUCCACAGGGUUCUCUUUCGGGUCCGCGUCCGCGGGCUCCACCACUGUGGCCACCGGCGGGACCGGCACCGGCGGCGGUUUCUCCUUCGGGGCCGGAGCGUCUAGCAACCCUUUGGGACUUAACUUUGGAACUCUUGGAAGCACUCUUACUCCAGCAACUACAUCUGCUACUUAUGCUUUUGGAGCUGGAACUGGAGGACUUUUUGGAUCUAAGCCUGCCACUGGGUUCACUCUAGGAGGAACAAAUACAGGGAUAGCAACAACUAUAACUACAGGAUUAACUCUGGGAACGCCAGCUACUACAUCUGCAUCCACAACAGGCUUCAGUUUAGGAUUCAAUAAGCCAACAGCAUCUGCUACCCCGUUUGCUCUGCCCAUUACUUCUACCUCAGCUAGUGGUCUUACUCUUUCAUCUGCUCUGACAUCGACUCCCGCAGCAUCUACAGGAUUUACCCUGAACAAUUUGGGAGGAACGACAUCUACAACUACAACUGCAUCUACAGGCCUUUCUUUAGGGGGAACCCUUGCUGGUUUGGGAGGUUCACUGUUCCAGAGUACAAACCAAGCAACGUCAGGACUUGGACAGAAUGCUUUAGGUUUGACUUUGGGAACUACCAUAACCACUUCAACUGCAGGCAAUGAAGGCCUUGGUGGUAUAGAUUUUAGUAGCUCAUCAGAUAAAAAGAGUGAUAAAACAGGAACAAGACCAGAGGAUAGUAAAGCACUGAAAGAUGAAAAUCUACCUCCUGUCAUUUGCCAGGAUGUUGAAAACCUCCAGAAAUUUGUGAAGGAGCAAAAACAGGUUCAAGAAGAAAUUAGCAGAAUGUCUUCAAAAGCAAUGCUUAAAGUACAAGAAGAUAUUAAAGCUCUGAAACAGCUCCUGUCAUUGGCUGCCAGUGGAUUACAACGAAACACUCUCAAUAUUGACAAACUGAAAAUAGAAACUGCUCAGGAGUUAAAGAAUGCUGAAAUAGCCUUAAGAACCCAGAAAACACCUCCUGGACUCCAGCAUGAGAAUGCAGCUCCUGCUGACUAUUUCAGAAUCUUGGUUCAGCAGUUUGAGGUACAGCUUCAGCAAUACAGACAGCAGAUUGAAGAACUAGAAAACCAUCUUGCCACUCAAGCAAAUAAUUCACAUAUAACUCCUCAAGAUUUGUCAAUGGCUAUGCAGAAAAUAUAUCAAACAUUUGUAGCUUUAGCUGCACAACUUCAGUCUAUUCAUGAAAAUGUCAAGGUGCUCAAAGAGCAGUACCUUGGCUACAGGAAGAUGUUCUUGGGAGAUGCCGUAGAUGUGUUCGAGGCCAGGCGAGCAGAAGCUAAGAAGUGGCAGAAUCCACCCAGAGUUACCACUGGACCCACGCCCUUCAGCACCAUGCCAAACGCAGCAGCCAUUGCCAUGGCUGCAACACUUACACAGCAGCAACAGCCUGCUACAGGGCCACAGCCAUCUCUGGGAGUUAGUUUUGGAACGCCAUUCGCCUCAGGUAUUGGCACUGGCUUGCAAUCAAGUGGCUUAGGUUCUUCAAACCUUGGAGGAUUUGGAACUAGCUCUGGUUUUGGAUCCAGCACCACAGGGGCCUCCACAUUUGGAUUUGGAACAACAAAUAAACCCUCAGGAAGUCUUAGUGCAGGAUUUGGCAGCUCAAGUACAUCUGGGUUUAACUUCAGCAAUCCUGGCAUCACGGCAUCAGCUGGUUUGACAUUUGGGGUGUCCAAUCCUGCAUCUGCAGGUUUUGGAACAGGAGGACAACUCCUUCAGUUGAAGAAACCUCCAGCUGGAAAUAAAAGAGGAAAAAGAUAAACAUGGGUGGAUGUCUUGAGAGAACCCUUAGCAGCACCGAUCAUUCUAUGAGCCUAUUUUUCUAAUGAUGCAGUAAUUGAAUUGCAUCCCAGGAGAUUUAUAAAGUUUUGAUAUUUUUCCCUACUCUGGAAUUUGAACUUUGUUUGCCAUACUGAGCAUCUUUUUUCUUGUGAAUUUAAAAUCUGGCUAGUGUUCUUUUUUUUUUUUUUUAUUCUCUGUGUAACAAAUGUUGUGAUGACAUACUAAUUGGUAGUGGUAAAAAACCAAUAGCCCAAACUUAUUACUAACUUGAUGUUAAUAGUAAUGUCUUUGUUCAUAAGGGUUACAGCAGUUUCUUACAUAGCUGGUAUGACGUCCAGGGCCUCUCCUAGAGUAGUUUGUUCCUUUUUGCAGGCCUUUAAACUACACUGCAGGGCAUCUUGUGGAUAUAUAUGUAAAUAUAUACAAAAUAAAACACAAUUGUGUGUGCAGAUAAAAUAUAUAUUUACGGACCUACAACUUUUGCCUCAGACUGUUUCCCCUUUUUUAGGUGUUGAGUUUGUCAGCUCCUCACUGCUUAUGGAAUGAUGAGCUAGAGAUGUACCCUUUCAUUUUGUUUGCUUACAGACUUACUAAAUAGUUACUGGUGUAAAUAUUUGACAACUCAGUGGCCCCACCUUUGCCAUUUUUGUUUCCACUUUCACCAGCUACUCCAGAUGAGGAGUGCUGCAAGACUCAUCAAACAGAUUUUAACAGCUUGGAUUCCCUAUGUGUUUUCUUAUUGCUUGUAUGAGAUCUCUUGGAUAUCUGAGAUGGGCCUUCAGGAGCAUACAUAUUUGAACUCCAGACUGGUGUUCUGGGGCAAAGAGCUACUAAACCAAAUUGAUUCUAUGCAGGUGAAGGAUGCAUUACUACCUUAAAUGAGAACUUUUCUAACUAUUCCAAUACAGAAUUCUUUCUUAUAGGGCUAUUGAUACUGACACCAAAUGGAGUGGCUUCUCAGCCUCUUAAUUUCUUAAGUAAGUGCUUAAUUUGGAAUAGAGAAUCAGUAUAUUUUAAGCAAGAGAAAUAUUCUUUGUAGCAACUCUACUCUCCCCAAUUGUAACACGGAACAGAGCUCCAGUACAGCAGAGGCGAUUCGGGUUGCAUCUGUGUAGUAUUUACCUGUGUUCCUACUAGUGGUGACAGGUGGAUAAGAGAAAAUGUUGGACAGAGAGCUGCCUUAGUCACAGUUUCAAAGAGAAACCAUUAGUAGACCUACUUAUCUCUCAAGGACUGGUUUCAGAUGGAUAUAAACAUGGGACUUCGUUGAAAACAGUUUAAUUUUGUAUACAGAAGGUUUUGUACAUAAUGUGCAUUAGUGACUUAUUUUCUGAAUCAUUUUCACCAAGGCAUCUUUUUUUUUUCUGAACUAGACAUUGCAUAUAUAAAUAUGUAUACACAUAUAUUUUUAGUAUAUCAUUAGUUGGGUUUGAUUAUAAUAGUGUUGUCAAAUCUGUUUUAUUUAUCCGCAUACUUCAGUGAUUAGCUUUUUUUGAAUGGAAAUCUUGGAACCUUUAUGCAUUAAAAUAAGGAAAUUAUUUAUCUCUGAGCACUAAACUUGUUUUAUUCUUGCAUAUUUCUCUAAUACUGUAAUCUUCAGAUCCAGAUCAUGGGAAAGAUUAGGAAAAAAGGUCUGAUUUUGUGUUUUUGUAUCAUUGUCAGAGUUAGGACAUAAUUAGCAAACUUUUUAAAAAGACAUUGCAUUGUGCUGCAAAAUAUGAAUAUUUAUAUAUUGUUUUUUUCUUUAUAUAUUUUACUCUUUAAUAUGUUGAACCACUGGAAAUUUGUAACAGAUUAAUUUGUGAUGAGUUUAAAUGUGUUGUCAUUGUCCCCAUUGUCUUCAUUUUGUCUAGAGCCUAUUAUGGAAACAAUAAAAUUUAUUGUGUCAGUUGCUUUGAA